AUGGGAGGAUCUGGUGCCGUAAAAUCAACAUUUGUCAACGUGCUUAUGGGAAAGACGAACAAUACCGAUGGUAUUGUGGCUGUAAACAAUAGUCCAGGUAACUUGAGGCGCCACAAGAAAGUCAUUGGAUACGUGCCUCAAGACGACAUUGUACUCCCCGAAUUGAAUGUCUACGAAAAUAUUGUCCACGCUGCCAGAUGCCGACUUCCUCGGGGUUGGAGAGAUGCUGAUAUCAAGGCCCACACAAAUGUCGGAAAGCCUAUUAUCAGCGGAGGACAGAGAAAAUGUGUGAGCAUUGGUAUGGAAUUGGCAGCAGCACCUAUGGCAAUCUUCUUGGAUGAGCCUACAAGUGGUCUGGAUGCUACUUCAGCAUCUUCCAUGAUGAAAACCUUGAAGGCCAUCGCCCGCCUAGGUAUCUCAGUCAUUGUAAUUAUCCAUCAGCCUCGUUCGGAGAUUUUCGAUUUGUUUGAUACCCUUAUUCUACUCGGUAAUGGCCAGACCAUUUACGAAGGUCCUCAGGUCGACGUAAAGCAAUACUUUGAAAAUGUCGGGUUCCAUUUCCCGGAGUAUAGUAAUCAUGGCGAUAUCAUCACUGGAAAUGGAAGAGAAUACAAGCAGAGCGGUGAUAUCUCAAAGGAAGCUCUAAUCGACUACUGGUCUGGCCAUCGUCGAAAGAUGGGCGCAACGAAUACCGACCGACACACCAUAACAACAUUGGGAAAUACUGUAAUGCGGAAAGCGAUGGAAAACCGUGGAGCGCUAAGAAUCAAACAGGUUUGGCUCUGCUUGUGUCGCGCGAUGCUUCAGCAAUAUCGUGCCAUGUCCGCUUAUUGGGCUGAAAUGGGUCUGGCCACCCUGGCCGGUUUCUUGGUUUAG